AUGACUAGCACAUACGGCGUCCGUGAGCUUUAUGGAGGGGCAAUGACCGUGGAGUUACCGGUGGAUCUGAUUGAUUCAAGCGACAUCCGGCAGAUCCCCGACCAUCAAGAAGUCUUCCUUUCGCCGACAACGCUGACGUCGGUCAUCUUCGAGAUCGACGACUACGUCCCGGCCAACGUGAGCCAACCCAGUCCGUCCCCAGGGCCGACAACCACGACCUCGACGACCACGGCGCCUGACGGAACGACGACCACCACAACCACUACAGCCGUUACCCAAACCAUCGUCAAUGGCACCGCAGCCGCCCCGCAGCGGUCACGAGAAGAGCUGGACGCCGAGGCAGCAAAGGUCCAUUUUACCGACGUGAUUUCGCCGCCGGACACGCUUGCAUCUCCGCUGCCGAACCCGCAACCCGUCCAGAUGGCCGACCCCAGCUUGGCCGGGCAUCCCGCGUACAUGCUGGCAGGGAACAUCAACAGUCACGAGAUAGCGCGACAACCAACGACGACGACACCAUCCCUCCCCACCGCCGGAUCGACUUCUUCCUCUUCCCCUUCCGCCACCUCAUCAUCUUCUUCCUCCGCUCAACAUCUAACCUCGCUGGUCCACCAGUUCCUCCUCCUGAUCCGUCUCCCAUCCUACAGCACUGACGUGUGCGUCCGCAUCAACGUGCCCGUCAAGGAAUUCGUCGAGGCCGGCCAGCGCCUGGGCUCGUCGUCCGACAGCCCCGCCACCCAGGCUAUGAUUCUCGACGAGGUCACCCACGCACGCGACGUCUUUGCCCACAUCGUCCGCUCCUUGACCAUUAGGGAUUUCAGCCUCUUUAAUGCCUGA